AUGGCGACAGUGCAUGUCCUUGACGACUACUAUCUAGCUAUCACGGCUCUCAUCACAGUAGCAUACCAACUAUUCUUCUUCUCAAUAGCUUUCAGCUUCAAAUUUGACAAGCUCACCGAUUUCGCCGGCGGCACAAAUUUUGUCGUUCUCUCCAUCAUCACCCUCGCUAUCAGCGGCCACAACCAUGCGCGCCAGAUCGUCGCCUCCAUUUUCAUCAUGCUCUGGGGCGCCCGCCUCUCGGCUUUCCUGCUCUUCCGCAUUCUAAAGACGGGCAAGGACGACCGCUUCGACGACAAGCGCGACAAAUUCUUCCCCUUUCUCGGCUUCUGGGUCUUUCAGAUGAUCUGGGUCUGGACCGUCUCCCUGCCCGUCACCGUCCUCAACUCGCCCAACGUCACCCGCUACGCGCAGCACGACUUUGGUACCGGCCGCGAUAUUGUGGGCAUCAUCUUCUUCGUUGUCGGCUUCGCCAUGGAAUCGUUGAGCGACGCGCAAAAGUACGUCUUCCGCAGAGACAACCCGAGCCGUGAGGUCAUUUGCGACAAGGGCCUCUUCAAGUUCUCGAGGCAUCCCAAUUAUUUCGGCGAGAUCAUCAUCCAGUUCGGCAUCUACAUGAUCGCCGUAUCGUCAGCCGCUGACGGCUAUGUGGGCGGCCAAGCCUUCAAAGCCCUAUACGCCACCAUCCUGGGCCCCUUCUUCCUGACACUGCUCCUCAUGUUCGUCUCGGGCCUGACCCUUCAAGAGCGCCCCGGUGCCAAGAAGCGUUACGAGAAAAAUCAGAACUGGGAGGGCUACAAGCGCUACCUCGAACGCACCAGCAUCCUCAUUCCCUUCCCGCCGCAGCUGUACGCCCGCAUGCCUACCAUUCUGAAGCGGACCGUCUUCCUAGAGUUCCCCAUGUACGUCUUCGACCCUGCUAAGCACUCCGACGCUGGGGUUCGCGCCGAGGAGGGCCACCACCAGCAAGAGUCCAUCGCCAAGCCCACGCACGGGAACGUGAGACCGAGUGGUGAAGAAUCCCUGGUCGGACAGCGUUCCUGA